GUGCAGCGAUGAAGAGGAGGAGGAGGAGGCGGAGGGAGAGAGAGGGCGAGGGAGGCAGAGAGCUGCUGAGGAAACUUUGCGUGGUUGGGACCAAGCCCAGCAUGUCAGCCGCGGGAUCCAGCGCGCCUUGCUCCGCGUAAACGGACUCGGAGCGGGCUGUUGAAGAAAAAAGAAAAAAGAAGAAGCAGAAGAAGAGGGAAGGCAGGCGCAGGCUGUUGAUGCCGGAUAAAGUUUGCGCGCGGCGCGGCAGAGCAGAGGAGCGAGGACCCCCACGCGAGUGGAAACUUGACGCCGACAUGGGCACCCUGCGCGACCUGCAGUACGCGCUGCAGGAGAAGAUCGAGGAGCUGCGCCAGCGCGACGCGCUCAUCGACGAGCUGGAGCUGGAGCUCGACCAGAAGGACGAGCUCAUCCAGAGGCUGCAGAACGAGCUGGACAAGUACCGCUCGGUCAUCAAGCCGGCCACGCAGCAGGUCCACAAGCAGAGCGAGCUGCACUCGGAGCAUCAGCGCACCAAGAGGCAGGCCAUCUCGGCGGAGCCCACCGCCUUCGACAUCCACGAUCUCAGCCACGUCACGCUGCCUUUCUACCCCAAAAGCCCGCAGUCUAAGGAUCUGAUCAAAGAGGCCAUCCUGGACAACGACUUCAUGAAGAACCUGGAGCUGUCGCAGAUCCAAGAGAUCGUGGACUGCAUGUAUCCCGUGGAGUACGGAAAGGACAGUUGCAUCAUCAAGGAGGGCGACGUGGGCUCGCUGGUGUACGUCAUGGAAGACGGGAAGGUGGAGGUGACGAAGGAGAGCCUGAAGCUGUGUACCAUGGGCCCUGGGAAGGUGUUCGGAGAGCUGGCCAUUCUCUACAACUGCACCAGGACCGCUACUGUCAAAACGCUGACAAACGUGAAGCUGUGGGCUAUCGACCGGCAAUGUUUCCAGACCAUCAUGAUGCGGACGGGUCUCAUCAAACACACAGAGUAUAUGGAGUUUUUGAAAAGCGUUCCCACCUUCCACAGCCUUCAGGAGGACAUUCUGAGCAAGGUCGCCGACGUCCUUGAGGAGACCCAUUACGAGGACGGCGAGUACAUCAUCAGACAAGGGGCCAGAGGAGACACGUUCUUCAUCAUCAGUAAAGGAAAGGUUAAUGUGACCAGGGAGGACUCGCCCAACGGAGAACCCGUCUACCUCCGCAGCCUCGGGAAGGGAGACUGGUUCGGAGAAAAGGCGCUGCAAGGAGAAGACAUCAGGACUGCCAAUGUUAUUGCAGCAGAAGCGGUCACCUGCCUCGUCAUUGAUCGAGACUCAUUUAAGCACCUGAUUGGAGGCUUAGAGGACGUGUCCAGCAAAGGCCAUGAGGAUGUUGAUGCCAAAGCAAAGUAUGAAGCCGAGAAUGCGUUUUUCUUCAAUCUCAAUCUGUCUGAUUUCAACAUCAUCGACACUCUGGGGGUUGGCGGCUUUGGGCGUGUGGAGCUGGUUCAGCUCAAAAGCGACGAGAACAAAACCUUCGCCAUGAAGAUCCUCAAGAAGCGGCACAUCGUCGACACCAGGCAGCAGGAGCACAUUCGCUCGGAGAAACUCAUCAUGCAGGAGGCCCACUCUGAUUUCAUUGUUAGACUCUAUAGGACGUUCAAAGACAGCAAGUACCUCUACAUGCUGAUGGAAGCUUGCCUAGGAGGAGAACUGUGGACCAUUCUUCGAGACCGAGGUUCAUUCGAGGACUCGACCACCAGGUUUUACACAGGCUGCGUGGUGGAGGCCUUCGCCUACCUACAUUCCAAAGGCAUCAUCUACAGAGACCUCAAACCUGAGAACCUUAUACUGGAUCACAGGGGUUAUGCCAAACUGGUGGACUUUGGUUUUGCCAAGAAAAUUGGCUUUGGCAAGAAAACGUGGACUUUCUGCGGGACGCCUGAGUACGUAGCGCCGGAGAUCAUCCUGAACAAGGGCCACGACAUCUCCGCCGAUUACUGGUCACUAGGAAUCCUCAUGUUUGAGCUCCUGACUGGCAGCCCUCCGUUCUCGGGCCCCGAUCCAAUGAAGACCUACAACAUCAUCCUGAGAGGCAUCGACAUGAUCGAAUUCCCAAAGAAAAUUACCAAAAAUGCUGCCAACUUAAUCAAAAAGCUAUGCAGGGAUAAUCCUUCUGAACGACUGGGAAACUUGAAAAAUGGUGUCAAGGACAUCCAAAAGCACAAGUGGUUUGAGGGCUUUAACUGGGAGGGCUUGAAGAAGGGGACGCUGACGCCUCCUAUCAUCCCCAAUGUCACAUCAGCAGUCGACACGAGUAACUUCGACAGCUUCCCAGAGGACAACGAGGACCCGCCGCCUGACGACAACUCCGGUUGGGACGUUGAUUUCUGAAGCUCUCCUUCAAGCUCCCCGGUGGAACCAAAAGAAUCUCUUCUUUUGUUGGAAUGGAGGCCAUGCUGAGGACAUGGCUACGUCGUACAAAUAAAAACAAAACAAAAAAAAAGCCGAUAUGGAGAAGAAGUACAAAUGUAGAAUUAACGGAUGGAUGGAUGGAUGGGCACGCUCUACUGGGUCACCGAUAUGCCUUUAUUUCACUGUGGCCCCGGGUCAAGCAUUUAUAGCGGGACAGCUGUAGCACAUGUUCGGUGUUGUCUUACACUCGACUCUGAGGCGGAGAAAGUGCAGGGAUACACAUGCGCGCGCACACAAAAACAUGGCUGAUGACCGAGCCAACGUUCGCAUGUGACGGGCUGGCGAAUGUUUCU